CUCGUCGUGAAACCCGUUAUCUAAACAAUGGCUAUCCAUCGAUAGCCGCGGGUAUUGUGCUCUCAUAAAAGCUUCGAAACACGGAACGAGCCGCACUUCGGCGAGCCUGGUCGACUUCCUUUAUCCGACCCGUCAAUUAGGAUCUUCCGCUUUCAACCCCCCCUUCAACUACUAUCGAUUCCCUUGACUCUCUUCGCAAAUUUUGUUGGACCGAACAAUAGCUGACCAUCGGCGCGUCGGCGUUGCACGCGGACGAAGCUGUCGGCGAGGUACCAACGCCAAGCCGGGACGGAUCAGACGGAAGUUGAAGUUUUGCGGACCCGGGCGAGUCUGUCCGUCUAGUCGAUAACGCAGAAUCCGCCGGUACAACCCGGUUAAUCCCAGCUCGACGAUCAAACGACGUAGCCUGAACGUCUCGGGUCUCCGAGGGGAAAAUCGAUUCCCCUUCAGCCGGACGAAGUAGCUGCGCCUGCACCAUCCAGCCCGUCAUCAGCUUCCAGCGUGUUCCGUGCUGUUGCGCUCUCGUCGUCCCGCGUCCUUGCCGCGAUCGUUUCCGCUGAUGUACGUAAAAUAAUUCCCCGACUGGAGCCCUUAUCCAGCACGGCGGAGAGCAUGGCGCAACGAAGAAGGUCGAAGAAAUGUUGAAGGAGCAGGCGGCAAUGGGGGUGGGCAGGGAGGAGGGAGAAUAUUAUUAUCAUUGAACCGCUACCCAGAAUUCGACGGUGCUGCCCGCGGACGGCUAUGCGACUUGGGGACCGGAAAGGGUGAACGGAACACGGUGGGGCGCGCGCGCACCAGAGAGGGAGAGAGAAAAAGGAGGGCGCGAAGUGGGAAGGUACGUGGAGAGCAAAGGGCGAGCGCGGGGGAGGACGCAGAGGAGAGGGCGCGUACGAGAGAGGGACGCGGAUACAGAUCCAUCGUGUCGGUGGCCGCUGCGGCAAAUCUGCGGCUCUCCGCGGCCGAUCGUCCGAGAGACGGAGAGAGAGAGGGAGAGAAAGAGAGAAAGAGAGAGAGAGAGAGAGAGAAAGAUAGGAAGCCAAAGAGUAACAGAGAGUGUGUGAGAAAGAGAAAGAGAGAAACCAGAAGAGAGAUAGUGAUCGGUAGACACCGGGUGCCCCAGAGCAUCCGGCCUGGAUUUGGGUGCCGGCGCGCUGUUCGCGAUCGGCCGAUCGGUGGCCCCGAGUGCGCCCUUUCGAGCAGCCCCAAGGCCGUUUCCGCCGGAGGCCGUGUGAGGGAUGUGAGGGGUGAGGUGAUGGAGCGGUGUUCUCGCGAUCUUUGUGGUGUCCGUCGUUCGGUCCAGCAGCGCUCAAUCUCGACUCGUGCGGAUGCCCGUCGUCGCCGAGGCUCCGCCGGUACGGAGAUUGAUUGAUCGGCGAGGAGAGGAGAGCGCCGGAGGACGUCGAUGCCAGUCGACGACCUCGCGGCCCAGGUGGGGGGUGUCCUCUCGUAAGAACGGACGAACACGGACGUGCACGGCGGAGGGUACGCGUGGCGAGGAGGACGCCGACAAGUGCGUGUAACGACGUCGAGACGUUUCGCUCCGUUCAUUUUGGAAGAGAAGAGAGAUAUAUAGAGAGAGAGGGAGGGAAGAGGAAGGGAAGUGUACCUCCGGCUCCUCGCGAGGGUUGCGGUUCAGCUGAGGACACUCGCGAGGAUCGUUCGUUCCAUUUGAUCCCUUUGUACCUUGAUUGUGGCAAUCGCGAUAAGUGAGGUUUGUGGGCAAUCGCCGGACCGUGGAGGCGGAAACCGUGCGGACGGCUGCGCGAUACGGAAUCGAUGGAAUUUCGAGGAAGCGAGACGCAGUGUACGCUCGUCUUUAACGUCGGAGGGAGGCUGUGAGCGGUUCCGUGAUUGGUUAAGCGCAUCCGCGGGAAUCCUUUUUUUCUCUUUUUACGUGGACUAAUUCGAGUUUACUAGACGACGUGAUACGAAGAAGACCAAUGCGCCCGAAGAAGACUGACGCGGGCCCGUGGUUGAUGGCCGUCGACCGAUGUCGCCCUCGUUAGAUCGGCCAAAGACCAGUCAGCAGCAUUCGGAGGGAGGAAAGAGGGAGAGGAAGAAAGAGGCGGAAGGUUGAGCCGGCUACGGAUGAACGGCGAGGUUCGUUAUCAGGAUCGACGUCACUAAUUCGCGCGACGGGACGCCGUGUCAACGAGCUACGAGCUACCGUGGACUGGCAAACUGAAACUGCCGCUAUUACCGCCACCAAUUCGACGGGAAACUUUCGUCCAACUCAAUUACGCCGCAGCCGUGUCGUGUUCGCGCCUGCGAAAGCCAGCGAAAGGCGACACCGACCUACUCUCUUCGCCGUAACUCGACGCUCGUGUUCCAUGAGAGAGCUAAUCGCGGUUCCACCGAGGCUCCCGGGUUCUUCGUCGGGCUCGCGAUUAAUUUAUGAUAAGUGUAAUAAGCCGCCUGGUGUGGAUUACGCCGACGAUCAGAGAGGGGUGGUUAAUAGCACCGUUAGCGGACUCAGCGAUUAAUAUGGCGAGACAGGCAUAUUUCGUCGAUUAAUAUGCCGACCGCGAGGAGCCAACUGACGCGCGAUUUAAAAUUCAUAUCGCUCGUAUAAUCGAUAGUUUGUCACACGCGCUCCCUUUCUAAUUCGAGCCCACCGUUGCAGCGCGGUCCACGGCCGCUUGUGUGCGAGUUGCAUAUCAGAUAAUUGUUGCGAUCGAACAUAGGAUAUUCCGUUCCCGAGACUUCACACGCGAAUUAAGCCACCGUGGGAUUUACAGAGCAGACCAGAGCCAGCUGGCUUAAGGUCUGCGCGCGUUUAUGGCGCUCACUUAAUCAGGAUGAGAUCUGAGAAUCCGCUGACAAUGCCGCUGCCGCGACGACGUCCGGGUAACAAACCUGCGAAAUGAAAACUCUUCAGGGAAACAAUGGAAGCGUCCACGCGAGCAUGACGGCCUCAUUCGGUGUCGCGGACGGCACGCGGCCGUAUACGAGACGCUCAACUCCUCAGUGAAACGGAGAAGCAUCGUCGCCGUCACCGUCGUCGCUCCGCUGCCAGCUUCCUGUUCUCGCCUCGAGGCGAGAAGAGGACCGGACGGGAUCAGCAAACAUCGGAUAGACACCGAUAAAAGAACGGUGUUAUGUUAGUGACAAGGUGUCACCCUCUAGGAGGGCGCAUACUACUCGCCCUCUUCCUCCUGACGGGGUGUUUCGCCUUGCUGUCACGGGCGGCCGCCUUUCCGGACUGGACCGACUGCCCCGCAGUGUGCCGGUGCAAGUGGACCUCCGGCAAGAAGUCCGCCCUGUGUCCGGAUGCCGGCCUGACGUCGCUGCCGGCAUCCCUCGACCCAGACAUGCAAGUGCUCGACCUGUCCGGCAACAGGAUACCCGCGCUGCAGGCGGAGAUAUUCAAACGGGUCGGGCUGGUGAACCUACAGCGGGUCUUCCUGCGUAACGCCGGCAUCCACGAAAUCCACGCGGACUCCUUCAAGGACAUGAGGAUACUCAUCGAGAUCGAUCUGUCGGAUAAUCACGUGACGACUCUCGAGCCGAACACGUUCCUCGGCAACGAGCGGUUGCGCAUCCUGAUACUCAGCGGGAAUCCGCUUGGUAUCCUGAGCAGCAUGCAGUUCCCUGUGCUGCAGCAUCUGCGGAAUCUAGAGCUGCAGCGAUGCUCCCUGACAGAGAUACACGGCCAGGCCUUCGCCCGGUUGACCGAUCUGGAGUUCCUCAAGUUGGACGGCAAUCAGUUGGAGUACCUGGAAGCGUCGGUGAUAUCCAAUCUGAAGAAGCUAAAAACUUUAACGAUGGAAGGCAACCGGUGGAGAUGCGACUGCCGGCUGCGUGGUUUCCGCAUGUGGCUGAUCCCCGACGCGCCCAGCAAGCUGUACUCCGUGCCGCAGAUCUGUUCGGGUCCACCGAGACUGGAAGGUCGCAGAUGGGAGGACGUGAAGAUCACAGAGUUCGCCUGCGAGCCGGAGGUGUUCGUCCUAGCGAACAGCAUACAGGAGGAGACCAACGGUAACCUCAGCCUGGCGUGCCUGGCGAGCGGCGAUCCCGAGCCGGAAGUCUGGUGGCAGCUUAAUGGCGGACCGGUCAAUGCCACGAAGACGACCGAUCAACCGUACACGGGCACCCUGGUUUACGCGACGUCCGAGGUCGGCGCGCCUUCCAGCGAUAAAUCCGCACCAUCGCGGACCGUCGCCGAUCGAUGGAGCAACCUGACCGUCUACAACGCCAGCGACAGCGACGCCGGCGAGUACGUCUGUUUCGCGCGGAACAUCGCCGGCAUCGCACGGGAUUCCGUCAACGUGGCGAUACCUCGCGUCUAUACGGCGCCAACCCUCUCGCAGAGCGACAACUGGCUGCUCUGGGUGAGCCUUGCGGGUGGCGGUGCGGCCGCCGCGUGUGCUUCCAUCUCGGCAGUCCUACUAGCCCUGUGCCUGUGCGGCGGCAGCCGCCGACAGAGCAAGCGAGAGAAGGUGAAGCUGCAGGGCAGCGGCAGUUUCGGUGACCAGGAGAAGAAACUGCUAGACCUGUCCGUGACCACCACCACGACUCCGGGUAACAGUAACGACCGCGGCAGCGGUCACGGCAGCCUCGGGGAGGCGUGCAGCACCGGUGACCUCGAGCUAGCUGAACGUGGGUCCAUCUGCGACCCCAUGGCUGCGGCCGCCGUCACCGUCGAGCGACUGCGACCCGCGGACAGCACAGUGAAUACCAUUCGAGCAGUUCCAUGUGCCACCGCCGCCACCGCCGCCAGCAUAUUCCCACCCCCCCCGCCGGAAUUCACCACUGGCGUGCUGCCGACCGGCAUCUUCGGCAACAUCUUCAUCUCCGUGUCGCUGCCGCAGGACGCGUCGUCGGACCGCUGUUACCCGGACCUGCUCGACAUCCCCGUCCACGCGGUCAGUGGCACCGCGGCUUCUAUCUCGGCUGGCAGCAAAGUCCUGCCGUCUGCUGGAGCCGUCAACGUCUCCAGCUUCGCCACGCUGCCGCGCCGGGCCCUACGCUCCGCCGAAGUGGCCACUGGCUCGCCUUAUGACAAUAUGGGGCCGCGUAUCACAGCCAACGGUAGCUCCGCGUUCUCCCUGACGGACGUGGACCUGCGGCUGUCGCCGCCGCCACCUCCGCGAAUCCUCCAGCCACCGCACGAGUUCGUCUCCCUCUGAGGCAACACCUACCCUCACGUCGCACCGUGAUGUCGCGUACCAAUCUCGCAAUCGAUGAUAUUCCGUUAAUAACGUUACGGAUAUACUGCGGACUGUCCAUUAUCGGCCGGAUAUUAUUGGAUUGCGACAAUUAGCGCGUGAUAAUAUUGACUGUGUCAGGAAUCACUCACGGACUGAUUCCUCGAGGACACAUGUGCUUCGAACGUGGGGUCCGUAUACGUUUCUCUGGCGGGAAUUUCAAGGGCACAUCGAAUUAUCCUGCGUAUCAUGCGUCCGUGUCGCAAAUUUGACAAUGCUGCGGGUCGCGUUCACUGUAUCGGCGAACUUUCAUCCCCGCAUUACAUUCUCGCUGGGUCAUCACGGGGGCGCCGAAAGCUUCGUUGUAGUUUCAGAAUAUUGAUCGCAACUCCAGACUGCCAUUUAUUAAAUCAAAAUUUCAAUAAAUAGCGUCUGUUUAUGGAAAUAGACCACGUCAUUUCUCUCGCAGAUGAUAAAAUUUCUUAAAAAUUUUAUCAUUAAUCCUCGAAUAUGUCGUCCCCUAUUUGUGCAGCGAAUUUAGCGAUUUAUUAUAAAAGCUGAUAAACCAAAGCUCACUUAAUGAUUUGACGAAACAUUGAUUAAAAUCCAGACAAUUGUCCAAAAGACAUCAUACAAGCGUCUUCAGUAUUUUUAAAGCAUCUUUUGAACUUUUGUAUUGUAUCUACGAAAACAUAAUGUGUGUAGAGCACAUCUAGACGACAUUUCUCGAUCAAACAAAAACCAUUUUCGUUUGAUCGCGAAGGAUUGCGAAGCCGAGAAGCGGACAGUCUGCAAGGAACGAUUAGCAGAUGUCGGUGUACAUUUUUGUCAAAUACUUCUGAAACCGAUAGAUAGACCGCGCGAUCAAGUAAUUAUCGAUGGAUGGCUCGACGCCUCGCGAAAAGGGAAAGGGUGCGAACGCAGUCGUGAUUACACAUUUCCCGCGGGUGCAGUCGAAGUCGGACAGUCCUUCCCCCCUGGCGUGUAACAGCGAGUAUGCGGGGAAAGGGAUCGAGGGGAAAUCGAUAUCCCGGCAUCGAGUCGGCAUAUCACGAGGAUGGUAUACGGAGCAUCUGAUCGAGAGCCGAUAUCGGCCAUGACUGUCCGACCUAUCGAAUAUCUGUCUGUCUAUGCUUGUCUGCCUGCCUUGUUCGCUUGUUCGGCCAACUGCCCGCGGCCGCUCGCGCUCACAACGAGCGCGUGUGAGUGACGGAGAGAGGGUUGCGUGAGAAAACGUUAGAUCUAAUAAGUCUCUUCUAGUCUGCUAAAUAAUACGAAGCGGGGUGAGACGUUUGUACAUACUUCACAGCUAUUUCUUCAACGAUGGACCUUCGACUAGCGCGAGCGUACGGCCGCGCCUCAUUAUCUUCCUCCCAUUCAUUCUCCAAAGUAUAUCACUAGUUUGUUACGUACUCUACGUGUGUAUAUAUUUGUUAUUACAUUACACAUUCGUGCACACGCGCGACUUGGACGUUGCCGAUUGCGCGCACGCCGUUUACACAUGGAUAUAUUCAUUAUGAACACUUUGUCAAUUAAUAAAAUCAUUGAAUUUUA